GUCAACAGUAGAUGAAAAUAAUUCAACGUUGGUUUAGGAGCGGAAUGGACGAAACAGACAUGGAUGAAAUAACGACGAUGAAUACGCCCAAGACGUGUGUCGAGGUGAAAAACGCCUACAAAAGUUACCCUGGAAAAGGAAUUGUACUCAAAUCGUUAAACUUGUGCGUCAAAGAAGGGACAAUUUGCAGUCUUCUGGGCCCGAGCGGUUGCGGUAAAACGACACUGUUGAGCGCUUUGGUUGGAAGGACAAGGCUCGACUCUGGUCAAAUAACCAUGAACGUUGCCUACAGAUCAGAAAUUGGUUAUAUGCCUCAGGAAUUAAGCCUUUACCAGGAGUUCAGCAUAAAAGAGCACAUGAUGUAUUACGGAUUCCUCCACUCCAUGGAUAGAGAUAACAUUACGCAAAGAAUGAUUGAACUUAUCGACUUCCUCGAACUACCCGACGUGGAAAGCAUAAUUGCCCAUUUAAGUGGAGGACAACAACGCAGAGUAUCACUGUCCAUUGCUCUUCUUCACAACCCGAAACUUCUUAUCCUCGACGAGCCGACCGUCGGCGUAGAUGUCAUCCUCUGUCGCAGUAUAUGGGACAAAUUAGUUCGAAUGUCGCGAGAAGGUAAAACGAUUAUUAUAACUACUCAUUAUAUAGAAGAGGCCAAACGUUCAGACAUGAUUGCAUUUCUAAGAAAUGGUGUUAUGCUAGCAAAAGAUGAACCAGACCGACUAUUGGAAAUUCAUAAUUGCGACACGCUAGAGGGAGUCUUUCUAAAACUAUGUAAACAAGACAUGGACAGGAAUGAUUGUAAUUACGAUGAAAUGAAAACAGCAAACUUGGUCAAAUCCAAGCAGGAGUGUCAUUUAAAAAGUGACGAUUUCUUCAACUGGAAUCGAAUGGUGGCUUAUAUGUUAAAAAACUUUUUCUGGAUGAAGAGAAACACACCAAUGAUGCUGUUCACUCUCGGCCUCCCUAUCCUUCAGUGUACAUUAAUUAGUCUUGCGGUAGGGGAGGACCCAAAAGGUUUGUCCCUGGGAAUAAUAAAUGACGAAAUGCCAAGGCAAAUGUGGCUUGGAUGUUAUGACCAUCCAGUGAUCGGCUGUACAGAGAAUUUUCGGCUGUCUUGCCUUUAUAUCAACAUAUUAAAAAAGAAACCAAUUAUUAUUAAGGAGUACACCGAAGUGGAUUUGGCUUUAAAAGCAGCAAAACAAAACAAAUUAUGGGGUGUGGUUCAUUUCAAUAAGAAUUACACAAAAGCGAUUGUACAAAGAUUUACAAAAAGGAACGAAAUAAAUGACGAAACUAUUAAUGACAGUGAAGUCAACGUCUGGCUCGAUAUGUCCAAUUACGUCAUUGGAUCAGUAAUGAAAAAAUAUUUGACCAAAACGACUAUCGAAUUCACCAAGGCAAUCAGCAAUCGUUGCAAUUUCUCAAAGGGAAACGACAAUAUUGCACUGAAGAUGGAAGCGCCCGUUUUUGGAAGCAGAGUUGCAAGCUUUCGUCAAUUCAUGACACCUGCGAACGCUGUUCUAUUUGAAUUUUUCCUUCCAAUGAUGUUCACUUUAGGAGCUUUGCUCAUGGAAAAAAAUUCAGGAUUGCUAGAAAGAAGUCUGGCUGCAGGUCUUAGCUUAUUAGAAGUAGGACUUGGUCAUUUUGUUCUUCAGUUUUUGAUAAUCAUAAUUCAAACAGUUUUAAUGAUGUUUGUGCUAUUUGACGUUUUUGACAAUCCAAUCUACGGCAGUAGAAUUGCUUGUUUGAGCCUUUUAUUGUUGAUAGGAAUCUGCGGUAUGUUUUACGGCUUUCUGAUCGCUGCUGUUUGUACUUCAUUUACCAUUGCCGGCUGCCUUGGAAUCGGAAGCUAUUUUCCACUAUUCAUGCUGAGCGGUGCGAUAUGGCCUUUGGAAGGAAUGCAUUAUAUACUUCGAUACAUGUCCUUGAUUCUUCCAAUAACAACAUCAGUCGAGUGUUUCAGGGCACUGUCUAUAAGGUCAUGGCCGAUAACAAACCCAGUCGUAUACGGAAGUAUUUUAUCGCUUAUUGCGUGGAUAAUUAUAUUCGCUAGUUUAACAAUUGUAGCUCUAAGGUACAAAUCUUUUGCAUAAAAUGUCCAACUGUAUAAUAAUUUUUCAAUAAACAUUAUAAAUGUCUAA